CUGAGAGAGCUUAAAGCUUGGCCUGCAGCAGCCAGCAACCCACAGCACCUUCUCUGCAAGGAACAGCACCAUGAAGCCCAGGAAUAGCAGCUGCCUCCAACUCUUCGUCCUCGUCUCCCUGGUGGGGCUUCUCACAGCCUCGAUUCUGCGGAUAGAGCUGCUCAAACAGAACAUUACAGUUGCUGCAGUCAAAGGGGGCACAUGCCCAGAUACAGAGAUGGAGAGCGCCAGCAGUAACUGCACAGAAGAGUGCCAGUCUGAUGCCAGCUGUGAGGGCGUCGAGAAGUGCUGCCGGACGGGCUGCGGGGCCUCUUGCCAUCUCCCAAAUGAUAAGCCAGGCACUUGCCCCAGGCUUUCCAAUGGGAUCUCCAUGCUGGGCGCCUGCCACAAUGCGUGUGAAGUGGAUUCGAACUGCCCGGGGGACAAGAAAUGCUGCCAGAACGGCUGCGGCAAAUUGGCCUGUUCCACUCCUGAAUUCUGAGAUGCAGCGUCCGGGACCUUGUGGAGCAGCAGCAGUGGGGGACCCUCCACGGACCCCGACUUGAGGGCAGUGACCACCACCGUCUCCCUGAUGCUUUGCUCUCAGCACCUGGUCGCCUCCCCACCCCCGCCAUGUUUGCUGGACCCUCUCAGCCUCUUUUGCAGUAAAACUCUCACUUUGCACAGCA